AUUUCUUUUAGUUUAUUCUUUGUAUCGACCCAUACAGGAGAGAAGGAAAAAAAGAAGUGAGAGUAAUCUCUGGGUCGUCGUCGUCCCUCCUCGGCAGGGUGUUUUUGGUAAACAAAAUAAUAAUAAAGGAUUCACACAAUCGGCGGACCUACAGUCAUCAAUGCCAGCCCAGAAGCGGUCAUUGCCGGAGAAUCUCGACGAUGAAGAAGACUCCUGGAGAUGGAGAAGACGAAGAUGAUUCUGAUGGGAGCCAAUCUUCUACUUCUCAAGAGAAACCCGAAUAUGUCUUCGUAGAGCUUCCAGAAAUUCGUAAAGAUGUUCAAUGCCCAAUUUGUUUAGGAAUCAUAAAGAAAACAAGAACUGUAAUGGAAUGCCUACACCGUUUUUGCAGAGAAUGCAUUGACAAAUCAAUGCGUCUGGGGAACAAUGAGUGUCCUGCUUGUCGUACGCAUUGUGCUAGUCGACGUUCUCUAAGAGAUGAUCCAAACUAUGAUGCCUUAAUUGCAGCUUUAUAUCCAGACAUUGAUAAGUACGAAGAACAGGAAUUGGCUUUUCAUGAAGAGGAAAGGACUCGCAAUAAACAGAUCCAAGCAUCAAUAGCCCAAGUUUUGCAGAGACAAUCAGAAGCACUUGUUAAACGGCGUAGUCAUCCUCGGCGUAGUCAUCCUCGUAGACGACGGAACUCCCUUGGAGCUGAGCAUCAAGGAUCUGAAGACAAUGAGGAUGAAAAUGAUGAUAAUGGAGGUAAAGAUUCAUCUUCCACAGAUGAGCGAUGUACAGAAGUGAGGCAGAGAAGACGCAAAAGACGGACUGGAAUCCGGAUGUCCCUACCUUCUUCAUCAGUGGUAAAUUCAGAUGGUGGAUAUGUUGAAAAUGAUACAGAAGUGUCUAGAGACUGCAGGGGCAUUUCUCCUGGGCUUGUCUGGAACCCGGAUUUGCUUGCUUGGGGAAGAGGUGGUAUUCGGAGUCACACUCGACAUGGAAAUUCUGGCAGCGGCAGUAGCAAGAGUUCACGUGCUCGCUUAAAUAGAUUGGUAGAGUAUCUUAGGAGCUUGGAGGAAAAUGAUGAUGAGUUGGAUGUUCAUCUCAAGCUUAUUUCGGUGGACAAAAACAGCACAUCAAGUUUGCAUCAACCCUACCUUUGUUGUCGGCCCAGCCUGUCAGUUAAGCAGCUAUGCGAAUACAUUGCUCUUCAGACACCAUUGCGAGCUGAAGAAGUAGAAAUAUUAAUGGUAAAGAGACCAUACCGUACCGAUGACAACUGUGCCAACCUCUCAGAGGAUGCACUACAAGUCUUGGAAGGUCAAGAAACUUUGGGAGGGCUUAAGGUCAAGUGGAGUUCCGGAAUGAAUCAAUUGAUACUAGCAUAUCGGAGGAGGCAAGGCAGCUAAAGCACGAUUGCGUCAUCAUCGAAAACAAUAGUUCUACAAGACAGGUUGUUGACAGUUCACUCUGAUAACUUAAAACUCUAGUUUUGUAUGUGUAGAUACAAUGGUUGGGCAGGUGUCUGGUGGUUUGAUGAAACCAUCGUUUGAGUUGGCUUCUAGGUAAUGUAAAAUUAGGACAUUUGAGUUGGCAUUUU